AUGGCAGGUGACAACGAGGAACACGAGGGCGCCUCCGUCAAGGAGCUCCUCAUCGAGGCCUGCCGCCGCAACAACACCGACCUCUUCAACGAGGUCGUCGCCGACAUCAAGGACGAGAACGAGCUCUCCCGCAUCCUCAACGAGACCACGACCGUCAUGGGAAACCACCUAUACCACGAGGCCGCCUCGCGAGGAAACUACGAAAUCAUAGACCUCCUCCUCGACCAGCCCUCCUUCGAAUGCGACCCCGUCAACCGCCUCGAGGGCGACACCCCGCUACACACCGCCAUCCGCUGGAUCAACUCGGAGCCCCCCGCCCAGCGCGAGUUCGGCAACGCCCUCGUCGACAUGAUGCUCGAGGCCGGCUCCAACCCGCGCGUCAAGAACAAGGGCGGCCUCACCGCCCUCCAGCUCGUCGACCCCCGCAACCCCGCCCUCCGCGACCUCAUCCAGAAGCACGAGUACGCCUCCCUCAACGCCGGCGACUUCAUCAACGUCGAGUCCUCCGCCCCCAAGGGCAAGGCCCCGCCCGUCCCCUCCCAGGCCGCGCCGCCGGUGCAGGAGGACAGCAGUGACGACGACGACGCCGAGUUCAGCGGGAGCGAUGACGAGGAGAGGGCCGAGUGGGAGCGGAGACGGAAGGAGAGGGCUGCGCGGAAGAGCUGA